AUGGUGUUAUUGUUGUUGAUUGUUGAUAUUGGAACCAUUGAGUUAAUAUUGAGAAAUGAGGAAAGGGAACUGAAUAUUGGCGCUCGCGCCCCUCUUUCACACAAACACAAGAUCUCUGUUCUCUCUCUCACACACACGCAGCUCUCUCACAUACAGAACAGUCACCACCAAACUUCACCCCCGGCUCACCACCCACCGCCGCAUGUCGCACCGCCACCGCCGCAAAUCACCACCGACACUGCCGAUCUAGUUAUUCGUCCAUUGGUCGAGCAAGAUUCUCAAUCCUUGCAACGGUUGCUUCCAGUGAUACCAAUUUGGGUGAAAAAUCCAGACAUUGACCGUGUUGAUUGGCUUAACAAAUUUAUUGAAACAAUGUGGCCUUAUUUGGACAAGGAAAGCUUAUGUGCAGAUGCUGCGUCUUUUGACUUGCCUUCAUGGAUUCUUUCAGCUUGCAUUUCCGAACCAAAAAAUUGUGUAGACCUUUCUAUUGCAAGGACGGAUAAUUCAAAUGACAAAUUAUGUAAUCCAGAUAAUUUUGCAAUUCUCGGAGGCUAUUCACCAAAUAAAGAAAACCAAGAAAAGGUCUUGGAGAUGACUUCGUUGCGUGGACUUGCAGAGAUAUUUUGGUAUAUGGAGAAGAAAUUGUACUAUGGUAUAGAAGUAACAUAAUACUUUUGUCGUCUCCAGCUUUUAUGCAGUAAUUAUUGGCAUGGUAGAUAGAUCACCUUUUGACGCCGUCCACUAAAUUUAUUUUUUGCCGUGGUACAUAGAUGUAUUUUUGGCUUGGUACAUACAUCACCUUUUGUCGUGGUACAGAUUACUAUGGUAAUUUGUACCAUGCCAAAUGGUCAUUUCACAUGGUACGAUAAAUGUAAUUUUUGUAUAUGGAGGGCUUUACUUUUUGUAUGAUUGUAUAUGUUGUAUGGAAUUAUUAUUUUAGCUUGGACAAUAGUUCGUUUGUAUGUACUUGGACAGUUAUAGUAAUUUAUUUUUUGUAUA